CUCCUUCGCCGAAAACACAACACGCGACGUCUUGCUGAGGGCGCUUCCUUUUGCACGGGGCAUCGGACCCGCUACCGUUUCGUCUUAUGGACCAUCAUCACUGGCCCACUCGCGUCACAUCCAUCCCCUUCUAUUCCUUCCAUUGUGCCUCCAUGCGAUUUGGCGCCCUUGCCAUUUUCCCACCCUUUCCUAUCGUCAACAAGGACCGAGGCUGCGCCCUCGCCGUCAUCUCUCACUGACUGGGCGCGGGCUUCGUCAUCUUCCGGUAGCCAGCACUUUUUCUUAGCCCACCAUGGCUCAGAAAUCCCCGUCCGCGACCCAGCCCGAGGACCAGGCAAAUUCGGGCAGUCGCACCUCUUCCGCCAAGGACGGCGCAGGGUCACCAAACUCGACCAGGCAGUCUAGUAGUUCGGGUGCCAUCCCUUCUUCAUCCAUCCUGCCACGCAUGUCCGACCCGUCACCACCCUCAACCUCCAAUUCUGAGUCGCCGCAACCACCGCCACAGGCCAUGGAGAAGCCUCCGGCGGCCGGCUCCCAGCCGUCUCCUUACGGCACGCGAUCGCGGAACCGCACCGGCGCCGCACGCCCAAACUAUGCCGAGGACAAGGACCUUGAUCUGGAGAUGUUCGACGCAUAUCCGCAGCGCAAAGAUGACGACGCCAAAAAAUUAGCCACCAAGCAACAAGGCGCAUCGUCAACACCAACGCCAACCAAUUCGGCGCCGGCUGCCCCGCGCUCCGGCAAUGGAUCUUCAAGAAAACCGCUUCCGGAGGACGGCAAGCAGCACAACGGCGCCAAAGACCAACAGCAACCACAACAACAACAGCAGCAGCAGCAGCCGCAGCAGCAGCAACAAAGUCAACAGCAGCCGUCGACUGCGGCAUCAUCAUCGUCUUCCAUCACUAACGGCACUGGUACCGGCACAGCAAAUGGCGCUUCAAAGGGCAAGAAGCGCAAGGUCGCCGACACAGCUGCAACGACCAGCGGCAGCCAAACGCCGUCAGGGUCGAAUGGCGCUCUCUCCUCGUCGGGGCUGCAGAAGCGCCUCGGAACCAGCGGACAAGGCAGCGGGAAUGCCACGCCAAGCAGUACGGGCUAUGGCGAGACGAACCUGGUCACUUUCGAGACUUCCAAGUCCCGCCCCAAGGAUGGGAAAAUGGUCGCAGACGACGGCACGGUACUCGAGGUGAAUGAUCAUGUGUACCUGGUCUGUGAGCCGCCCGGGGAACCCUACUACCUGGGGCGCAUCAUGGAGUUUUUGCACGCCAAAAACGACGCGACAUUGCCAAUCGACGCGCUGCGCAUCAAUUGGUACUACCGGCCCAAGGACAUUGGGCGCAAGGUGCAAGACACCCGUCUCGUCUACGCCACGAUGCACUCAGACAUCAGCCCUCUGACGUCGCUGCGCGGCAAGUGUCAGAUCCGGCACAAGACCGAGAUCACCGACAUGGCGGCCUACAAGCGGACGCCCGAUUGCUUCUGGUACGAUCGGCUGUAUGACCGGUACAUCCAAAAGAACUACGAGGUGAUCCCGACGCGGCAGGUCAUCAACGUGCCGGCGCACGUCAAGAAGGUGCUCGACGAGCGGUGGAAGUAUGUCCUGACCGAGCAGGGCCGGGGGAAGGAGCUGACCAGCGCGGUCAAAACGUGCAAGCGAUGCACCACAUUUUGCGCGAACAAUGAUUCGGUGGACUGUGCCGUCUGUCAACACACCUAUCAUAUGAAUUGCGUUAAACCACCCCUGCUCAAGAAGCCGAGUCGUGGUUUUGCCUGGUCGUGCGCCGCCUGCAGCCGCGCCCAAGAGCGGAAGCUCGAGGCUCGCCACACGCCCAAUGUCACGGACCCCCAUCGUCACCACGAUGGUGGUGAGGACGACGAGGGGGUCGAUGACGAGGAUGAGGAGAUGGGCGGCGUCGAUGGCGUCGAUACGGGCCGCACGAGUCGCACAAGCCCGGCCGACGAGAACCCACAUCCAGCCCCGACAGCCGAGCAGAUUUACCAUGCCAGCCUGUGGCCGUAUCGGUAUUUCGGGAUGCACUGCAAGGUCGAGGAUGCGCUGGACCUCGACGACCGUAUUUUCCCCCGCGCGAGCACCCGGCUGGGUCUCCGCCACCAGGCCAUCGUGACCCCCUGGUUCGGGCGCCCGGUGGAAUACGUCAAGCCGCUCGAGUUUAAGAGGUCCGGCAAAAAUAACAACAAACUCACCAAAGACCAGCAGGCUGCCCUCGAAGCCGAGCGCAUUCAGAAGGAGCAGCGACCUAAGUGGGUCCAGGACGAGCCCCCCGGAUAUGUCGAGCGGGGCGGCGACGAUACCUCGACCCUCCUCUACAAGCCGCCCGAAGAUUGCGGCGUGUCCAUGCCCAGUGAGGCUCUCGACGACUACAUGAGCACGGCCAGGUCGAUGGCCGUCUCGCUUGGUCUGCCACCACACUCCACUAACCUCCAGGAUGUUGCCAGGGACGUCCUCUUCCGCAACGACUUUGACCCAGCAAAGGCCCUCUCGGAGCUCCCCAAGGUUCCCAAGGCCGACUUUGGGGAGCCCGAGCUGACCCCCGCGGAGCAGAAGAAGUUUGAGGAGGCCGUAGCCAAGUUUGGGUCCGAACUGCAUAGCGUCAAAAAGCAUGUCAAGACCCUGAAGCCUGCGACCAUAACCCGCUACUACUACACCUGGAAGAAAACAGACCGCGGAAAGCAGAUCUGGGGCAACUUCUCCGGCCGAAAAGGCAAGAAGGACGCCAAGAAGGCCGAGGCUGCUGCGAACAAGCUGGCUGACGAUGUUGCCGACGUCCACGACGACUCCGCAUUUGACGCAGACAGGGCUAGGGAGAAGAAGAAGGCCUUCCUGUGCAAGUUCUGUGGCACUAAGCGGUCCCGCAAGUGGCGAAGAGCUCCGGCUGCGGCCGUGACCUCCGUGACUGAGAACGGGGGCAAGAACUCUAACAAGGAUAAGAAGGAGCAGUAUAUCCAAGCGCUCUGCAGACGCUGUGCCGAGUUGUGGCGGCGGUACGCCAUUCAGUGGGAGGAUAUUGACGAGCUGGCGAAGAAGGUCGCUCAGACGGGUGGUCGCGGAUGGAGGCGCAGGGUCGACGAGGAUCUGCAUCGGGAGCUGCUCGCCGUCGACGAGAUGGUGAGCACCCGGCUCCCGACACCCGAAGAUGACGAGACAGACAAUCCGGUGGCAUCUCUCAACGGCCAGGCAGCUGCUGCAGAACCACCACGCAAGAAGCUGAAGAGCAACUUGCUUGAUAAGGAUAUGGAGAAAACCCCGUCCGAGUCAGGCAGCGCAUCUGGUGGCCCGAUUUCCAAAAAGAAGGAGAAGACGGCGGAAAAGCACGCACAAACUCCGGCGCCGCCGCCCGUCCCCGAGAUCCCGAAGCCGAAAACCUUGCCCUGUGCCAUCUGCAGGGAGAUGGCGCCGCUGGGUGACCAGCAUUUGUCGUGCAAGGAGUGCCGUCUGACGGUGCACCGCAACUGCUAUGGUGUCGUCGAUAACCGCGCUUCGAGCAAGUGGACCUGCGACAUGUGUCUGAAUGACAAGAAUCCUCAGCUGUCGAUCCACUACAAGUGUGUUCUCUGCCCGGUUGAGCAUACGACGCACGACUUUGUCGAGCACCCUAAGGUCUCCAAUUCUCACAAGAAGAAGACGGAGAAGGAACGGGAGCGCGAGCGGAUGGAACGGGAGAACGCCCAGCGGGCCGCCGACUACUACCGCAAGAAGCAGGAAGAGAUGAACCGCCCGGUCAAUCCUCGGGAGCCGCUCAAACGGACGGCCGACAACAACUGGGUACACGUUACAUGUGCUGUGUUUACGCACGAGGUCAAGUUUGGCAACGCUAAAGCCCUCAGUCCUAGCGAGGGCAUCCCCUUGAUCCCGCGCGACAAGUACGCAGAAGUGUGCAAGGUCUGCAGGAAGACCGAUGGCGCGUGUGUGCAGUGUCACCACUGCCAUACCCCAGUCCACGUCGAAUGCGCUCACCAGGCCGGCUACACCCUUGGCUUCGAAGUCACACCCGUUAAGGGGUCCCGACGGGAUCCUUCCCGGUUCGUUACCAUGAACGGGGUUAGCGGCGCGAUGUCGGCUGGUGUUUGGUGCAAGGACCAUUUGCCGACCAAGACAACGGUCCAUCUAAUGCACGAAGCUGUGGCAGAGACCGGGACGAAUGCCCUGCAACUCUAUGUGCAAAACUGCAAGCAAGCAGAUUUGACCCUGACAGGCUGUGCGAGAAAGGCGAACCAGAUCACCGUUGCCUCCAAAAUGUCGACUUUGCCUACGCCAGUCACGGGGCACCAGAAUAGGCGGGCAUCGCUCGUCGCCUUGGUCAACGGCGACCGCGAAGACGCGCCGAGCGGCCUCCAGCCUGGCGGCAAGAUCUGCCUGACCUGCGGUGUUGACGUGAGCCCCAAGUGGCAUCCCAUCGAUCAGGCGCAGGAACGGGAGCUUACAAAUGGAUACUACGGCAACAUCGGGUCCGAAGCCCAGAAGUUUGUCGAGCAGCGAAGCUUUCAAUGCCACAAGUGCAAGAAGGCGGGCCGGCAACCCGUCGCCCACUCGCAACCUGCUAGGGAACCGACACCUCCGCCGGAGCCGGUGCGGCAAGCUUCGCAGGCAGCCGCAGCGAUACUACCCCCGAGGACUGAAGAAGCGAGGCCCAUAAACAGAGCGCCGUACGGGUGGCCUCCGCCGGCGGGUCCUUCAUCGCACACCACACAAACCUCCCUUCUUCAGGCUCCGGCACCAGGUGCUAUCUCUCUCCCGGUUGGCCCCCCGCCGGGACAGGCCCAAUCCGUGGCGCCGCCGCCGCUCCCCCCAACAAUCGCGCCGCGGGCACCGCCAAUCCAACCUCCUCAGGCUUACGCUUCCCCUCGCCCCUACGACUGGCACCGGCCGUCAACAGGACAUGGCCCGCCUCCGCUACACCCGUCCCGCGAUGUCAACGGUGGCCCGUCCCCUCCGCCUUCCUCUAUCACUCCCCUAGCGCCGCCCAAUCACCUCCGACCGCCGCCGAUCAGUAUCCCCCACGCCCCGGCACAAUCACCGCCCAGUGGCCACAUGGUGCAGCCCGCUUUCGUGAAUGGCAUCCAGCACCCCCCGUCCCCGCGGCGGGUUAGCGGUGGCCCGCCUCCUCCACCGCCCAACGGUCCCCCAGGUUCAUACCAUCCGCACCACGGCCACCCCCCACCCGACCACCGACCGCAUCACAUGCCGCCCAUGAACCCGAUGCCGCCCGUUGGCAUGGCACACCCCAGCGGUCCGGAGGGUCCGGCCCCGCCCGCGCCAAAUUACCUCAGACAGUGGAACCAGAGCCAUCCUCACCCUCACGGCCCACCACCCCAACAUCACCACGGGAGCCCCCCUCCGCCAGGCCCUCCGCCGGGGAGAGACGGCCAUCCACAGAUGAGAGACGGUCCGCCGCCUAUGAGAGAUGGUCCUCCGCAGAUGAGAGACGGCCCUCCGCCUAUGAGAGAUGGUCCUCCUCCGAUGAGGGACGGUCCUCCCCAGGUAACAAUGGGGCACCGUGAACAGGGGCUGCCACAACACCCGCCGCAACAUGCGGUUUCUCAGCAGCACCAGCCGCAGCACCAACAUCAGCAACACCAGCACCAACACCAGCAUCAGCACCAGCACAGGGAGAAUAGGCCUCCCAGUGGUGCGAGUGCCAGCCCGUCGUUGAGGAAUCUACUCUCAUAGGGCCGAGUGCGUGCGUAGUUGGCAGUUGGCCGCUACGGGGUAUUGCAGGGUGCCACGAUGUGAUAGGGGUAAUUAAUGGAAAAGGUAUUUUACCUCACAGGGCUCCAAACUUGGCCGCCGAAUUCAGA